AUGACUAUGAAUGUGGUCACCACUGCAGAUGGGUACUUGGGACCAGAUGGGGAUGGGGCACAUCUGAAUGUGGUUGAGGCCUCUGGUGGCCUUGAGGAUGUUGAUGAGGUGAGCAUCUUAAAGACCUUAAAACAUCCAAAUGUGACCCAAUUAUUUGAAGUCAUCGAGAAUGACAAGACCCUGUACCUCUUCAUGGAGUACGCUAGAGGAGAAGAGCUCUUUGAAUACAUAGUGGACCAAGGCCCUCUGGGAGAACAAGAAGCCAAAGCCAAAUUUAGGCAAAUACUAUCUGCUCUGUAUGACUGCCACAAAAAGGGUAUUGCCCACUGGGACCUGAAAACAGAAAACUUGCUCCUGGAUGCCAACAGGAAUGGAAAGAAGUAUGACGGCCCCAUGAUCAAUGUGUGGAGCUUGGGGGUGAUACUCUACACCAUGGUGAGCAGGGAUUUGCCCUCUGAUUCUGACAACUUCCAUGACCUGCGGGAUCAGAUCAUAGUCAGUGAUCUUUGGGUAAAUCUGGGCUAUGAAGAAGAGUUAAUGCCCUAUGUGGAGCCCUUCCCAGAUUAUGAAGAUGCACAGUGCACCGCACUGCUAUCAAUGGGGUACACUAACGACGAAAUUAGGGAAUCCCUAAGCAAACAGCACGACAAUAUUAUGGGCACGUAUCUGCUGUUGGGCAGUCAGAAGCAGGAGGACUCUGCCAUCCCCCUGCAGCCCCAGCCCUCACCUGUUCAGAAGCACAGUGGCUCUCCAUCCCCACACCACAAGGAACAGCAUGGUGUGUCUGCCAAGCCCAUGCAGCAGAUACAGCGAGCCCAUAAUCCUUCCCUCAGAUUCCUUCGUGAAAAACGGACAGGAGUACAUGCAGUUCAAGUCCAGGAGGAAGGCCUGGAGCACAGCCAACAUUCCUGCCAGCCCCCUUCCAGGCCAGGAUGGGGGGAAGCCCACCACUGUCUCCUGCACACACAACCUCUCCCCCAGAACCAGUCAACCCUGUGA